GUUGUGUUUCUUUGCCUUUCCUAAUGGAAGAUGCAAAAGACAACCGUUGACGGGAUUAUCCUAUGAGCUUUUUGGGCGACAGAACUGACACCGAGAAAUGUAAAAACAAGUCAUCGUCAUGCUGUUGUGUUGUAUUUUGAUAACCUUUCUAGAUAUUUUGACAAUACUCUCCUCGAUGAUAUUUGUUGAAACAGCGAUGAUUUUAAAGAAAAGUCCAAUCUGGAGGAGUAUCGGGAAGAAACAAACAAUUGCACAAAUGGAUUAUGUGUUGUCACAAGGAAGUGAUAUUGUACUUAAACAGACGCAGAUCCCAGGCAGCAUAAAACUACGCACAAAGCGCCACCAAUAUUCUACUUCACUAUACGGUAGCAUGAACAAAGCCAGCUCUUUAAAGAGAAGGCUGAAGAAAGGUAACAAUGCUAAAAAAACUGUUAGUUUUAACAAGAGGGACUUCUUUUUCGCGCCAGCUCCUCCCUAUGAACCGAUGUCAAGGCCCGUUGACCGAAGGAUGUUCCUGGUUCAUCGAGGAGAGAGAGGUAGCUAUUGAAUGACCUUUGCCUUUUACGUAUUUAUUUUACUUUCCAUACCCUCUGUCGUGGUUUCUCAAACACAGUUCAGAAUUAACAAAUAUUCCAAAAGAAAUUAAUGAAAGACUGCCUAGUGUCACCGAAGUGGAAGAUUGAUAUCAACUGCCUCUCACCCCAAAACACUGAAAACAGUUUUCUGACAAUCGAGGAUGCUAAUCGUUAAGAGUCAGUUGCCCGGGAAUUAAAGGUGUAAGCACUUUAGAGAAAUAUUUUGUUAGGCUAUAUUAACAACUUUGGUCCUAGAAAGGCUUCAGUUACCCUUCACGGUCGAUUUGACAAGUGAAAUUGUAGUUUUUCGCUCUCAGGGUCACUGCAUACACCAAUGCCACCAAGAGAAAAGUAAAUAUAUACAAUAUACAAUGAAUAUUCAAGUGCUACUUAAAAUUACAUUAUAUGUCUUUAACCUUUUGAUUUCAAUGCACUUUUUUGAGUAGUCCUGAUAGCUGAGUUGAAGCCCUUUUUUUCUUAUCUACUCAGGACCAUGUUUUUUCCAUGCGUGCCACCAUGGCGGAAUGUGCGUUCCAAGGCGCCAUGGAUUUUAUUGCGAGUGCCUGCCUGGUUUCAUUGGAACAAGAUGCGAAGGUUAAAUCCUUUAAUGCUCCACGUUAGCCCAGCUUAGAGAAUUUGUUACAAAGGCUCGUGCAAAGUGUGAUUUAGCAAUACAUGAUGAUAUAAAUUUGAAGGCAUAUUCAUUUAAUAUUGCUCUGUUUGGAGUUUGUUAACUCACGUCGCAAAGAGCGACUAAGAAGCUUAUUCCCUUGAUUAGAUUCAACUCAGUGUGCUGUAUUUGGCGCGGGAACAGAUGCAAUUGCUGCUUUGUUUGUUAUUCGAGGUGAAGGUAUAUGAAUGUUCUCAAAUGUGGGUCUUAGGAUUUGAAAGUGACGAUUUGAUAACAAAAUCACAAGAAAGAAGAAACAAGCAAACAAACAAACCAAAUAAAGCGCGAAUCCUUGGAGUAAAACACUUCCACGAACUUCACGUUUCCAGUUAGAAUCUUAAAAUGAAACCUAAGUGAUUAAGUGACACGUUUGUCGUGCGAAGAUUGAAAAAUUGAAAGUGAAAGUGAACUUUCAAUGCUAUUCAUGCCAGAUGCUAGUUAGCUUCAGAUUUUGCUUUGCACAAGUUGCCAAAAAGGCUUAGGACAAUUAUUUUAAUUUUAUACUUGGGAAAUCGCUUAUCGAAACUGAUUUAUAUGCUGUUGAACGUACAGUUAAAAAAGAGUGCAGACCUUCAACAUGUAAAAACGGAGGAACAUGUACCGAAAUUGCAGUUGGAAGACAUCUGUGUACGUGCCCUGUGGGGUUUCUUGGAGAGAAUUGCGAAAGUAAGUUGUUGAUUGUCCAAGCGAGGAAGAAUCCCUAAAUUACGUCUCCUAUGCAUAAUUUCUGCUGCCUUAGCACGUUGUUAGUACCUGACCAACUUUUAGCUGUAAUUCUUUUCAAAUACAUAUAAUUACGACUACUUUCAUCCUUGUAGCACGAAGUCUUUGCCACCCAACCCCAUGUCGUAAUGACGGCACAUGUAGCGAGUCUGAGGAUUCAUACACUUGUGUAUGUCCAGAAGGAUUCAAAGGGAAAAACUGUGAAAGUGAGUAUCAUCAAAUUACAUAUUACUACUUUUAACUUUUUGUCGCAAGCACCUCUAUCUUCGACGUACGCAGGUCUUAAUAAUGAAGAAAAGAGGCAUAGCUUUGAUACAGCGGUCUUUCAAGCAAAUAGUUAUCUUCGCAGGUGGACUGCAAUUGAAGCAAUUGCAGAAAAGGUUCAGGCUCCGAUGAGAUUCGAACCUGUGCCUCUCAGAUGCUUUUCUAGCGCUACUACAACCUGGGCUUCGAAGCCACACGCUGGGGGUAAAUCUCGUUUUAGAGGGUUCUUCUUUCCCGUUGAGGAAUUUGGAUCAAUAUCAGUAUCUGGGCAACUGCCCACCUACCCCUCCCCUAACCCAAUAUUAACCCUUACUUGUUAUCAAUAGACUGUUGUUGGGUUGAGGAAGGGGUAGAUGGGCAGUUGCCCAGAUACUGAUAUUGAUCCAGGCAUUUUAUAUUUAUAAACAUUGGAGCUGGCUCGUUAUAAAGUACUUUUAACAGUCACCAAAGUUCGGUUAUUAUAUUACUAAGUUCACUUCUUAAAAAGCUUAUAUGUCCUCCAUCUAUUAAUUUUUACUUUUAAACGUCAUUUAAUUUGGUUUACUUUGUGUUUUCCUUCAGUUGACAACAAGUGCCUACCAAAUCCGUGCAAGAAUGAUGGUGUAUGCUUUGAAAUGGGCAAUAGUUAUAUCUGCAAUUGCCCACAAGGUUUUAAAGGAAAGACUUGUGAAGGUCAGUGGUAAUAUAGCCUGAUGAUAACCUUGCCCAUGCGAGAAUAGUUUAUGAAGGAUUUAUUGAAAUAUAUUUUAGAAAAAAGGUUGAAUUUUGCAAAAUAAAAUUUAAAAAGUAUUUUUAGAUAUCGGCCAAUUGUUGCACAUGUGGAGCUGUAUACGGGUAUACAAAUUUGGUAAACAGUAACUUAACUAGCCACAAUUUUAACCAAAUUCGAUGAAACCCGUCAGUCAUUUUGCCUCACAAAGGCAACUCUCGUCAAUAAUUUCGGUGGCUUAAAAUUGCCCCUCCCUUGUCAGUGAUGAUAUAGGGCUCAAAUUGCGAUCUAAAAGAAUAAAGUAGACUGACCAUUUGAUGCGUGUAAAGUUUAACCUGCUGCUAGAGUCGCAAACUUCAAAGCUCGAUCAAAAGUUUUGUCUGGACACCAAAUAGAAAAUCUCUUUCGGCCUAUGUUUGACUCCAUUCUCGCGCUAUUUUUUCAUUCCUUUUAGUUAUCAGCGAGUGUAAUUCUGUUUAUUGUCUGAAUGGAGGAACAUGUAGAGAUGAAAGCUCUGGGUACUUGUGUGACUGCCGCUUUGGAUUUUAUGGAAAGCGGUGUGAAGGUAACUAUCAUUUAAAUCAGUCAUUUCCUGAAAGCAGAUCGUUUUUUCGUCGUUUUGUAGUAAUUUAUGUCUAAAGAGAACAAGAAAACAAUCAGACAUAGAACCUUGACCACGAAUACGCCUUUUCAGUCUCUUCUUCACUCGAAGUCAGUAAAAUUUGUAGGUUUGUCUGUAACAUGAAAAAAAGGAAGACAUUUUCACAUGUAUGUUCUUUUUAUGGUGUACUCGACUUAAAGGCCCAUGAUCCAAUCAUACAAAUCCGCAGAGUUAUCUAAUAUAACUUUUAUCAUAGUAUUGCCUGUAGAUAUCUGUCUUUAUCUGCUUAAAAAAUAACGCUAGAUAUAAAGAUAAAUAGAUCAGUUAAUAAUUUUGUAAUUAAAAGGCAUAACUCGAUGGUAUAACAUCAAUUUAAAAAAACUUAAUCUGUCCCUUCUUAAACCUACCUCUCCCAUUCUUAGCCGUGUGGCCGUAUCGAAUGGACAUUGCCCGAAUAAUGAAGGGACAUGGAUAUUUGAAAUACGGCUUUAUAACUGAUUAAAUAUUUCUCGAAAUAACGUUUAUUUUAAUAUCGACAGCUAAUAUAUUUACUCAUCGCACUUAAACUUUUCACUAACCAUAACACCGAUGCCGUAUCUUUGUAUAGCCUCUGCAUGCCACCCUAGCCCUUGUCAUAAUGAUGGGGUUUGUCUAAGAUUUGGUAAUCAAUACUCCUGCCAGUGCAAACAAGGCUUCUCUGGAAAGAGGUGUAAAGGUAUGGAGACUUUGCAGUUUUACUUCAUUAUCUGUGGAAUACAGGUAUGUUGUGUUGUUCAGCGUUAAUUGACCCUCUCAAGGCAGAAUAAGUAUAAUUUUUCAGAAUAUUUUUUGUUUUAGGCUAUAGUUCUCAGCUAACUAACAAUUUCUUCAUAAAAUUCAAUAGAUAUUAAAAGCUAAAGGGAGAGAAAAAGGCAUUCAAUACGUGAACUUCGUGAAAGAAUAAACCUAAUCAACUGGAGCUACUUAUUGAUUUUAUCUUUUGUGGCGCUGGAUGUAUUAACUGAAGUGGUAACAACAGAACUUUUCCGACUACCCAGGAAAUAAUUCCAAAUAGUUUUUUCCAUGUACUGUACUCUGUCUGUUUCCCUAUACAGUCUCAAGACCGUGCUCCCUUGGUAUUUGCUUAAACGGCGGCACAUGCGUAGAUGGACCAUACACCAAUAGUAAAUAUGGAUUUGCAUGUGUGUGUCAGCAAGGGUUUGACGGUAUCAUGUGCGAGAAACGUCUUCCUGACAACUUUGGAUAAAGACUUGCCAUUUUGUGAAUUGGAAAUUAUCUACAGUGCAGCAAGUCGUCAUGUAGAAAAAGAGCUCAAUUUCGAAUCUAUGAUUUUACCUGUAGAAAGUAAUUCUUAAAACAAUCUGCUCGCCUGACUGGUAAACAAAGCAUUUUCAAUAACUACUGGCAGAAAUUUCUCCACGAUCUAAUAUGAAGUAGACAUAUUCAGAAUGAAGGACCCCCAUGAUGUGAAAACUUUUUCGGUGCCAUUGCUUCUAAGAAAGGGAAAGAAUACUCUAACACUUGCCAUCAAAUUUUCUAUGAACUGACUGCUACCAAUUAAAGUAAUUAAAAACAAACAAUAGAAAGAAAUAUAUUUGAGUAGAAAGACAAUGUGACAAAGCUAAUUUAAAGUUAAAAUUGUUGGAGUCGAAUUAGUGUUUGCACAUAGUAAUGAGUGUUGGAGAGUGGUUUAUCAGUAAAGAUGAAUUAAAAAAAACAUGCUGGUAGAGACUGAAAGCAUGCGAGGGUAUAAUUAGCCAUCUAUUGUCUAACGUGUAAGCGUGCAAAGGAAAUUUGUCAAAAAAUAAACUAAACAGUUUAUUUACUAAACCACUAGACUCCAAUCUUUACAAAUUUGAAUAUUUUUUUGAAAAUUAUUUCCUCUGGCAAAGGUUGAAAUCUAGUUUUUGAGGAGAAAGUUUGUUUAAAAAUACUGCUUGGCAUUAUUCUUGCUGGAUACCGAUAACAGUAAAUAUCAGUUAAUCGAGGACUGUUGAAUUGUUCAGUGAAUUUGGAUGGAUUUCAGAAUUCAUUCACAGGUCACCGCUUGAUCAUUUAGAAUUCAGACAUUACUAAAGACCGCCCAUCUUUGACACUUGACUUGUGGCGGGUUGUUAUUUGGUAGUACUUUGUUGUUAAUACUUGCGUGAUAUCAUCAUAUCGGUGAAAUCACUUCGACCGUGAAAAGCGAUCGAAAUAACCGUGAUGUUUGAAUUUAAGCGGUUACAGGAAAUUUAGACAAAACAAAUGGCGGGAUUUGUGGCAAUAUUUAGACAAUGCGUCAGAAGUUCGCAAUGAAACAACUUCUACAUAUCGCGAUUCUAUGGUUCGUCGUCCUUUCAACUAAUUACUCGAAUUGUAAACGUCUUCGAAAGAGGUCUUUGAGGAACUCGUCUCGUUCCGUGAAGGGCUUUCAUCCAAGAUAUAGAAGAGACUUAACUUAUCUCUAUCACACAAAAUUAAAAAAACAGCUUUUAACCGACAAAGCGGUGAAAUAUGGACAAGAAAGUAUUUUGGAAGCUUAUUCGCAUUCGACAGGACGACUUAAACGUGGAAGCAAUAAUAUCUCUGGCAACAAAGCUUCGAAUGGAAAGGCUUCACAUGCAUCGUCAUUACCGCAACCAGCAAAGCCGUUACGAGUGGUUGCAACUUCUGCUGUGAUAAAAAACCGACUUAAAAAGACCAAACCUCUGAAGGCUAUUCACAUAUGGGGACCGACACCCUUCAAAACUGUGAUGGAAAACCUACGGAAACUGAACGUGAAUCUUCAAAAGCAAAGAGGAGCUGUUAAAAGAUUAUUCCUUCCAGUUCAACUUCAGCGAAAGCAACUAUUGAAUGCUUUAACCGGUAGAUCGCCUUUUCCAGGACCAACAGGGCCUUUUAUACGGCAGUUUCCCCCUUUUAACCCAGAAAGAGAGUUUCCGGCUAUGUCUCCUCCGAUACAUUCCCCCAAUGCUAUUCAUCUUGAAGAAGGACCUCCUCCCGCCUCUCUGGUACCAGGUCCUAUUGGACUCGGUCCUCCACCGUUACCAUUUCCACCCCAGCCCGUUUCCCAUUUACACGAGAUGGGACCUGUGCACCUACGAGAGGAAACCCCAGACCACGCGUUCCUACACCCCCCUGACUUUGCCCCUGUUCCUGAAAUAACUCCUAUGCAUGAGAGUGCUCCAUUACCACCUUUCCCUACGACUAUCGGUCCACCACCCGACGAAUUUCCAGCUAAUUUCGGUCCGCCUGAUAUACCUGCGAAUCUUCCAGCUAACUUUGAGCCAGCACCAGGUUUGUUUGAACCGCCACUCCCCUUUCAGAUGGCUGGGGAAAUACGUCAACAUGUGAAUCGUCACGUCCACAAAGGUAGGUUUUCAAAGGAAAUAAGCUGUAAGGAAGUUGCUCGGAGACAAAAAUGUGAAUGUGUUAUCGUUUGUACAUGCCCACCUUAUUUACCUCUUAAGUAAAUUAAUGUAGGGAUCCCCGUCAUACGGAUUAUUUCCCUUGACAAACAUAAACUUACCUUUGUUUUUGUUAAGUGUUCUGUCGAACUUGAAAUGCGGCGUUAAAAACGUAUCCCGAAUCGUAGCGAGAACAUUGUCCACGAAUAACAUAAAUGCUAGUUUCGUCAGUAAGUGUUUCUCUACAAGCAUAGGUGAGAAUAAUGUACAAUGUAUUCCAGGUGUUUCCAAAGCGAAAUGUAGUCCUAAUCCGUGCAAGAACGAUGGUGUAUGUACAGCUUUUGAAAAGCACUACGAGUGUGAGUGCCCGAUGGGAUUCAUGGGAAAGGAUUGUGAAGGUAAGUGCAGAUUCUCAAAAGAAUCGACACUCUCCACUAAUGGCUCGACUAGCUCUAUUUGACAGUUACUUUCUGAGCACAUCCAUCUCACGCAGAAAUCGAAAGUGAACAAUCAAAAUGCUUUCGUCCAAAUGCACUAGUGGUACAAAACAACGACAAGACAAGUUCGUGUUGUUCUUUUCUUUUGUUUCAUCUGCAACCGCACACCCUUAAGCUUCUCGCUUUACCUAAUCUCUCUCACUUAUCAUCAGAUUUUAGUAUUUGUAACAGAGCACUAAUAGACUUAUCUGAAAUACGGGCAAAACUGAUUGUAUCUGUUCAUAUACAAAUGAACACUUGGGUACUUUAAAACUUUCCUUGGUUGAGCAAAUCUAUUUUAAGGCGCGAAUCACUUAAGAGAUCAAAAUAGUAAAAGUAUCUAUUAACUUUCCCUUGAAAGCAUAAAAUCGAAGAAAUUUUAUCAUAUCGUGAUGGGACCUCACACUAUCAUCAAAUUCUUUUGAAUUUGUUACCUACGAGGUAGUUUAUUCAACAGAAAACAACUGAGAGAGUCUCAGAAUUGAUUGCAGAUGGCCAGAAGUCUCUAGCAGUGACCACACCUCAAUGUGUUAUAAACUUACCAUGCGCAAAUAUUAUAAUUAUUUUAUUUAGAGGUCAACCACUGCCUCCCGAAUCCGUGUAAAAAUGGAGGAAACUGUUAUGCAACGACAAGCGGCUACCAUUGCACAUGCGUCAAAGGAUUCAAAGGACCGAACUGUGAUAGUGAGUGACAAUUCAAAAAAACCUUAAGCUUUUCAUUACAUUAACUGUUGUAAAGUAAAAAAGCAUUUCGAAUAAAAUCUGAUCAUUUGCCUAUUUUUAUCUAGAAGUAUAUCGUGGAGUUACGCAUGCGCCUAUAAGUUAUAAAAGUUGUUGAUGGGGAUAAUAAUGCUCAGCAAAAUAUAUGCCUUAUACGCCAUGCACUCGAUUCGAGUUUUGCACGAAAACAAGAUAGAUAAAUAAAGUACAGUCUAGAAGCAGUUAACUUCUUUUCUUUGCUCUUCUCGUGUCGGUUUGUCAUUUUUUCCGAGUUCUCAUUAAAUGCGCUUCUUAACAAGCAGUCAUGUCUUUUACCGGGCACAUAAUUAGCACGACUGAAGGAAGGGGUGGGUGGAGACAUUUGAUUUACGGUAAGGGACGGAGUACAAUUGUUUUUCUGAUUUCCACAGUCACUAGCAAGUGCAUCCCCAGUCCAUGUAAGAAUGGAGGGACGUGUGAGGAGAACGGUGGCUCUUACAAGUGUCUUUGCCUUCCUGGAUUUGAAGGCAGUAAUUGCGAAGGUAAACUAAAUUGAUGAUGUACGCCAUCGAAUGGGUAGUGCUGUGUCAAUAGUGGUGUCGCAAAGAAUAAGGAUGAUAGAUGAUCAUGAAGAUAUCUAGUGACAAGUAUAUAAGUCUGGCUUACUUGUCCCAUGUUAAAAGAUAUUAAAAUCUUCUAUUUGCCUCGCUUUUAAUUCAUUGUUAGCUAUCUAUCAUUCCGAACAGGCCCAAGAUGGCCUCAAGAGAUCUCUUUGUCCAAACGAAAAAAAAAAAGGUUGCGUGUAAAACGUCUGGAAGGAUAGCAGAAAUCAGGAUAGUGACGAGAUAGUUCAUUUCAAUUUCACAGCUGCUGACCAUUGUGCCAUUGGAAACCCCUGCAAAAACGGCGGAACCUGCUUAAAUGGAGAAAAGAACUUUGAGUGUCAUUGCUUACCAGGAUUUUAUGGCUCAGAUUGUGGAGGUAGGUGACACCUGAUAGCUUGCAAAAUCAGCUGGUCUGAGCAGAGAUGUCUAGAAUUGAUUGUCAAUGAGGUUCUUUUACCGUGCAGUAGGCAUGAUGUUCUUGUCAAUAAAAGUCCAUUGAAACUCAUAUACCCUAAUAUCAGGGUAUGUGAAGACUUAAAACAGUAACUUACAUCACUAUGGAGAUAAACGGGUCUAAAAACUACAUAAGCUAUAGAGUGCCAGAUUAAUUGAAAGAUUAAAAGGUACAAAAUCUCGCUUUGGGUUUCUACGCUUUAACCGUUUGUCAUUGCGUUGCUCUGGAAACUUCCGGUAACGAAGGAUGAUCAAUGUAUUCUUCAAUUUCUGAUGUAUAAUUCAUUUUUUAACCACUGUCAAAACUCUUGAUCGUGCUUACCUCAGCAGUCGUUUCAAAUUUUUAAGUCUUAAGAUUACCUCUAGGAUCACUCCUCGUUAGACCGCUGGUUACAUACAUACUGCGUUCAUAUUUGUUCGGAAAAAAAAGUCUGAAAUAGGAACACUUUUAACAAACUGAUAGUAAUACCUCGUGACUCAUUACUCGUUUUGUUUUUAAUUGUUUCUUUGAUUUUCCUCAGAUUUAGACAUGUGCUACACUAAUCCAUGUCAAAAUUCUGGAACUUGUCACAACACCGGUGCUGGGCAGUUCAUGUGUUUAUGUCCUGUGCUGUUCAGAGGAAUCACGUGUGAUGGUAGGACGAGGGACACUUGGUCUUUUAUUCAAAUUUCCAUUAUUGAAUAGCUGGUGUUAUCGUUUUGAUAACAUAUGUUCAAAACAUACAAGCAUUUGGAAAUCUGGAAGUGUCGCAGCACACUAUAUAUCUUUUUAGUAUAAGUAAAAACCAUUAGAGUGUUAAUACCUGCGAACAUUUUAUUUAAUCAGUCGGUUUGGACGGCCUGAAAUUGGGCUUUUCUUAGGUAAAUCUCAAGUAGUGUUGAAUGCCUAAUCUCAUCAAACAGGACGUAUAUUUACACUGUGCUAUAAAUAAAGCGGCAGGCUGAAUUAGUAAUUACAAUAAUGGUGCAAGUUGUUGAAGGAGUAACUUUAGUCUCUAAAGGAAUGGUGUUUAAGUAAAGUAUAUACUAUAUUGUACAUUUUCUUUCCAGAAAAAUUUUCUAAAUGUGAAUCUCAACCAUGUCAAAAUGAAGGAACGUGUGAAGAGGACGAGGAAGAAGGCUUUCACUGUAUCUGCUCCAGCAAGUAUCAGGGACGGCAUUGCGAAGGUAUUGUAUGGGGGAGCUACUGAAACGAUGUGUAUAGCGGGCUCAUAAUAUUUCAAAUUUAAUAAAAAAGCGUUGUUAUGCAUAAUUUGAAAUCGUGAAUUACUUUACAAGGGAUCUUAAGAUGGUGAAGUCAUGUGCUUAUUCAUUUAUUUCCUACCAUGUUAAGUGGGCGUGACCAGAAUGAUAUCUGAUGAUAAGGGUCCCUCGAAAUUUCGGAACUGAUGGAAACAUAAUUUGUUGGAAUUACGGUUACCUCGCUCCACGGUUAGAUCUCUUACAGUCAGUUUGCUCCAACCAAGAGUUAAAUCACUCCACAAUACAAGUUACCUCGCUCAAUACAAAAGUGACCUCGCUCAAUACAAAAGUGACCUCGCUCAAUACAAAAGUGACCUCGCUCAAUACAAAAGUGACCUCGCUCAAUACAAAAGUGACCUCGCUCCACACAGAGGUGAAUUUGCUUCAUGUAAGAAAUUAGAGCAAUAUUGGCGUGAACUUUUUUUAUGCGUGAUCGAUGAUCGACUGAUUAAAAAGAAGCGAUGACAACAACAACGUGGCGCUAAGUCUUCUGAAAUAUAUAUGUCUUUACUCUAACAAAGUCAGAACUUAUGCCAACUUUGAAUUUUAGUCCCUACAGAAUUACACAGCGCCUGCUUCAAUAAUCCUUGUGUAAAUGGAGGGAAAUGUGUUCCCGUAGAAAACACAUAUAAGUGCAUUUGUAAAAGUGGAUUUUCAGGAAACACAUGCGAAGGUUGGUUCCGGCACUACAGAAAUAUUCACCAUAAAUGAUGCAAGUUUGUUUUAGUCAAACAUGACACAACAGUAGUUAAGGCGGUUCUCAGAAAGUGUUUAUUUGUAAGUAUUUCAUUGGGAUAUUAACGGACAGUUUUUCUAUAUCUUAAAACAAAUUGAAUCUUUUUAUUUUCAUCCUUUAGGUUCAGUCAAAAUGACGGCCGUUCCUGUGUUGUGUGCCGAUUGUCAUGCGCACGCCAGAUGUCUUGAUGGGAAAUGUGUUUGCGAAGAAGGAUACGACGGAAACGGCAAUGUAUGUGAAGGUAUUUAUAAAAUUUGUUUUCUGAAGUUUGAAUAUAGCAAAAGAGGAUUAAGCUCAGAGAACUUAUCCCCUCCUAUGGAAUCUUUAACAUUGGUAACAUUACUUAAUUCAAUGCAAGAUAUCUAUUCUACAGGGAAUAAUGCCAACUUCAACUCGCGCGUUGCUCGAAUAUUUCGGUGGGAGCAUUAAAACAACCCGUUAGUUGUCCAAAGGAAUUUAACAAGCAGCACAUAAUUACUUUUCGUGAUUGUUCAGAAUCUCCGAAAAGAACAAUGAUCUGUAUGAUACUCAAGAUUUAAUUGGGAUUAAUGGCAUAGCUUGGUUUCCGCUCGGUUAUAAUUCAAAGUUCCCCAGCUGGUUGUUGUAAAUGUGUUCAUAGAAGUAAGAAGAAGCGCAGCUGGGUGAUAAAAUGGCAGUUUUACAGCGUUUAUCCAUCUUUGCCUGCAUCCAAACACGUGCACACGAAAUCCGAUAAACGGGGAGGAAGAUAGCUAACUGUUAAGAACGAAAAAAAAUCAGUUAAAGAAAAAGUAAGUUCAAGGAAAAAGAUAACAGUGAAACCAAAAAGCAGGCAAAGAGACCAGCCGAAAAAAAAAGCCGGAUCUACCAACAUAUAAGAGAGAGCCAUGGGAAAAACCACUUAAAUGAUCAAGAAAAAAAUAAUAGGAAUUUUCAUUUGAAAUUAUCUCAUAACGAACUUCUUUCACAAUAUAUACACGGUAAGCGAAAGGCAUUGUAACAGAAAUCUGUAUUUUGUAGUGUUGAAAGUUACGGAGAUCAGUGAGCACACACCAACCGCGCCGCCAACUAGUCUUCACGUGAUUACAGGUAAAUUUGAUUGAGUAGUACACUAAAUGAUUUGAACCGAGUAGUAAUAGUUGAUCCUGUAGUCUGAUUGUCUGAGGAAAAGUAGUCCUCUAAAAGACUGUUGUUAAUGGGAACAAGUGACUGCCGCUUCGACAAAUUGAGAAGAACCUCCUAACUCUGUUGAUGUCCUUUUCUCAGGUUGUGAAACGGCAGUCUCAACUGUCAUCUACUAGAUCAGGCAACACAAUCGAAAAAACUCAUUUUCGAUGUGCAUCAAUUUUUUUCAUGACAAGACACAGAGGGAGAUCGAAAAUUUGUUGAUCAUGAGGGACUUGUCAGAAAUUAGCAGGGGGGGAGGGGGGCUGGGAAUUUUAAAUUUGGGUUAGGAAAUUAGGUGACCCAUCCCUGCAAUGGGAGUGAAAUUUUCUAACCCUCCCCUUGAGCUUGGCCUAAAAUAUCAUGACCCUCCCCCUCUUGUAUAAAUGAUAAAAUCUAGUUCUUGCAAUACACAAGGGUGCGUCAGUAUUAUGAAAACUCAAAAUAUAUUUCUAAUCUGUUCUUUGUCAUGCUACAUACACACAUUUUCGACGACAGCAUUAAGAGUCCGACUGAUCACUCGACUCUCCUAUUUCUCCCAAUACAAAGUCUUCAUCACUAGAACAAGUGGGUAAUGCCUCAUCCCCUUCAUCUACCUCACAUUCAUCAUGAUCAUCCACCUCUUCCAAAUAAAGAACUUCCUUUUUCUUCUGUGGGUGAACCUCUACAUGAUCACGGGCAAAUAUUUGCAUGACCCUCCCCCUUUUAACUGCCCAUUUUUCAUGACCCCUCCCUUUUCUGAGGCUCAAAAAGUUGUGACCCCCCCCCUCUGUUUCCACCCCCCUCCCCCCCUGCUAGUUUCUGACAAGUCCCUGAAAGUAAUUAAAAAAUAACGCGUUCAUCCAUGUUUAAUGCACAAAAUCUUUGUCUAACAGAUCAGAAUGGAGUGAGUGAAUGAAUAAGAGAUUGAAUUUUUUAGAUACACACAUAAAUAUUAUAGCUUGAGUAACCUCAUACCACGAGGUAAAGAUGGUUAAGCUGAAAAAUAGAUCAUUGCCAAGCUCCAAAUCCCUCACUUUCAAGGUGAGGCCAAGCGCAAAUUCUUCACACUCAUUUCAUUUUCAAGAGGAAUUAAAUUUGCUUUUUAAUAAAAGGUUUCGCGAUUGGACUUGAACUAAAACUGUGACUUUGGGUAUCUCGAAAAUGCCAUAUAUAUAUAUAUAUAUCGACCCAUAAGAUCGUUUCCUUUAAAGUCCGUGAGGCAGUUAGCGACAGUUCAGUUGUUGUAUCAUUGUUUACGUUAAGCACUGUCUAAAAUGGAUUACGACUUUGUUAUUUAUCUGCAGUUUUGAUUUGCUGUUGUAGUUGUUGAUUUUUAGUGACCAUCAUGGUCUAUCCACGGUCAUUGUAGAGUAUGUUAGGUAAAGACAGGUUUAUAAAGCUGCAAUAAUUGCAAUAUCUUUUUUUCUUUUUUUCUUUUUUCCUUUUUUUUCCUUACAGGCUCCCCCUUGAGUAAUGUUUGUCAUCCUAAUCCCUGCUAUAAUGGUGGCUCUUGUCAUGAAACAGCAAAAGGAUUCACUUGUGAUUGCGCUGAGCAUUACAUGGGACCAUUGUGCAAACGUAAGGCUUUUCUGAGAUGGAUAUGAUUGCCAGUUAAUUAUUACACAUACAUAUUGGGUGAUUUGAUUACUUAAAAUCUGAAGCUUAAAUAAAAAAAUAAAUAAACACACAUCGCCAGAAGAGGCGAGAAAAAUGAAAUAUCUCAGGUGGCUUAACUUACAUUAAACACGAAAAUGAUGGAGAAUAAAUGAAUAUGGGAACAUCGAGGAGAAGGUGUGAGAAGUAUAAGAUAUGUAAAAGAAAUCAAGAAAUUAAAAAAAUCUCCAAACAUGAAGGGGAAACAGUAUACUUCAAGGAGGACCUGUGAGGCAAUUGGCAAAGGCUAAUUGACAUAUACGAUUUUCUGGAUUUGCUUUUACCUUGAUUCGUUUGCUUUUUUGUCAUGUAAGCGAACUUUUUGCAUUUUCGCUGGAACUCCAACAGGUUGCAUGUCGGCGUUAUGCAUUCUCGUGCACGUCUCUAUAUUUACAUGACACAUGCAUAGAAAUGACACCUGAAUAUUUAAGAUUAACUAUAAAUGAUCAACAUUCCGCAAAUUAUCUCCUUCAAGAUGUCAGCCCUUGCCUGGGAAAUCCCUGUGAGAAUGGUGGGACAUGCAUCGAAGGAGGAGUUGUAGGCGGCUACAUAUGCAGAUGCAGAGAGGGGUACAAUGGGGAGAACUGCGAAGGUGAGGCAGUUAUCACAUUUGUAAUUAAAGUUUACUGUAAGGGCUAAAAACUGAUCAAAUGAUUAUUUUUUUUCCUUACGAACCCUAGAAGCCAGUGCCUGCGAGCCAAAUCCGUGUAAAAAUGGCGGUACCUGCCACUUGAAGGCGAAGUCCUAUGUUUGUCUGUGUACCCAACGGUUUGAAGGCUUCACAUGUGCAGGUAUCUGUAUUAUGGCAAGAAUCCUCCUUUGUUCAUCUUCAUCUAUCAAGUACACAAUAACAAUUGCUAUACAUUUCCUCAAGUAUGAUUCCAUCUCAGUUUCUAUUUACAUUAUUAUUUAUCUACUGCACUUCAUUCUUACCUUUGGUAUCAGUCAUGCACGUUUAAAAAGGUGAAAUUUGAACAACUGAUUCACAAACCUUAUAGUUAUCGAGAAGAAACUUAUUAUGAGUUUUUCUUAGCGUAAAAUCCUGAGAGGAGAGUGGUACCUCAGCUGUUAGGUUUGAAGAAACCUAACACAGUUUCAAAAGCAAACAAAAUUUAUUUUGAAGCUUUGUGUGACCAUUUUUCUCUCACACACGUAGAGUAAUGAAUUUACAUUGCUUUUACUUGUGCCUAUGUUAAAAAAAAUUCACCGCUUGUGAAGAAAAUCUCUUUGGUUUUUCAAUUUUAAGAAACAGCUUUUCUCUUCGUUCGCGUAAAUUUGUUACUCCUGCGUUUGGAAUUUUAAGAAGUUUCGGAAUUUUUAUUUCAGCAAAAUGUUGUGGUUCAUAUAACAAGUCUAACCUAUAUUUUCUACGGAGUUUGGACUCUAGCCUCUUUUUUCGUAAAUCGAAUUUUUAGAGCUGUUGUUGUAUUCACCACGUAUCUGGCCCCGGUUGUUUGAUGGGUAGAUAGCGCUAUCCAACGGAUAACGCACUGUCCAACUGAUAAGUGUUAACAAAACUUAUUGUGCUAUCAACCUGAUAGACAUUUAUCCAGUGGAUAGCGUUAUCUAUCCUUCGAAUGAGUAGAGCCUAAUCAAUAAGUCAAUCAUGAAUUUCUAUCAGGAUGGAUCGCUGCCUUUUCAACUGAUCUGUGGCUUUUCUUUCACAGAGGAUAAAUGUGCAAGAUGCGAUGUCCAUGCCCACUGUGAAAAUGGAAAGUGUGUGUGUGAUGGAGGUUAUUACGGAGCUGGGACUUUGGGAGAAUGUUUCCGUGUGGGAGGUAUGCGGAAACGGUGAUCAAAGAAGUAGUAAUUUCUGGUACAAUCUCGAGUUAUUUAAUGUACAAUACAUUACAUGUUCUGACACUGUGGCCCAUAUUACCAAGUAACUAUUUGUGUACAAAGGUCAUUAAACGGGGUGCAGAGAAUGAAGUUAUGUAGAUCGUACGUGUUUGAGGACCUGUAUUUGUCAAUAGCAGCGUCAUUCUUACAUGGAUGAAUACCUGAUAUUUAGAAAAAACCAAAGACAUUCUUAAGAUUUUUAACUUAAUAAUUGGUUUUUUAGUUGCUAGGUUGCAUGCUCCCAAAACAGAUCUAUCUUCAGCAUCUAAACAUUAAAGUUUUCAGUUAUUUUUUUGACGCAUUUUAGUUUUCUUGUAGCUUCAAACCCAAGAUUCUGUGUUCCGAAUCCCUGCCAACACGGUGGAUCUUGCUUCGAAGAAGCAAACGGUCACAGAUGUGUCUGUACAUCUGACUACGAUGGAGAAAACUGUGAGCUAUCCACCAGUGAGUAAGAAACUCGAGCAAGCGUAUUUUUAUUCAUUAAACACGUUAACCCGAAAAAAAUAAUGGCAGCUCAGGUGAUUAUAAGAGCGUUUGCAGGGCAACAGAUAUCAUCAUCAUCUACAAAGAAAGAAAGAAAUCCAUUAUAGAGUUCACCUAUUUUUAUUAUCUUAAAGCAUCGAAAUUUCUAUCGCACCAUCAUUUAUUUCCUUGCUUACAUUUUGUUUGCUUUUUUAUAUUACUGUUACUUUGAUAUAUACAAUGUACACGGGUAUAUCAGAGGAAUAUAUCUAUUUAGACCACAUGCAAUCCCUACCCUAGACAUAAGGCGUAACCAGACUAUCACAAUUCUAUUUAAAGGCAUACAUUAAGGAUGCUGAUUUCAAUCAGAGCAUUCUAACAUUUUCGUCAAGAUCUAUGUUUUUUUUACAGGAGCAGCUCCGCCUUCGCACAAAAUACCGGACCCUUGUGCAGGCGAGCCUUGUAAAAACGGAGGGAGCUGUGUUCCAAAAGCGAACAAAUUUCAAUGUUUGUGCUCCAUGGGAUUUGAAGGGCCAACGUGCGAGGUGACAGGUUUGUAUAAAUGCGUUUUCUUCAUACUUAUUUAUUAUCGAUGCGCAAAGUCUCUUCCCUCGCUGCGACAGUUUUAGAGUGGCAAAGUAGAUAAGGUCAGCUUCAAACUUACGCGCCGCGAUUUUUAAGAGGACUUACUCACUUUUUGCGAAUCUGGUAGCCCUUCUUCAUUUAUCGUCGAGGUUUAAAGGUCAAGCUUAUACAUACCCUUGACUGCGCUUAUGUUACUGUUUUUAGUUGUUGCUGUUGUUGCUGCUUUUUUAAUUUAAUUUUUUUUCCUGAGCUCAAUAAUAUUACCGUCCUUAAAAAAAUAUUCUAUUUCCAUUGUAUGUGGACUGAACCACGAGAGUAUAUUCGCUCCUCAGCAAAGUCAUAUUGCCAUCCCAAUCCUUGUCUACAUGGAGGGAAAUGUACUGACAGCAAAAGUGGAUACACUUGUAAAUGCAUCGGCUCGUACAGAGGGGUUAAUUGUGAAGGUAUACAAGCACUUUGACCAUAUCGUAUGACAGUUGAAGUUCAAACAGUGAAUAUUUAAAUCAUGAUCUACUGGAUUAUACAAUGUAUGAUGUUGUUGUGUUUCAGCGAAGGACAACGUUUUGUAAGGGAACGUGAAAAACCUUUCAUCGUUAGAGACACAACUGCUAACUUACUUCACUUAACCUAACCUAAAUAAUAUGGAAAACUGAAUAUAUUCAUGUUGCUACUUACACAACAUUACGUAAUGAAUUGAAAUGUGAUCUCAAUUAAUUAUUCGCAAUUUUACAACUCAAAAUCAGCACUAAGUUCGGAUCCUAUUUGCGAUCAACACCAAAGUCAUGAUAUCUUAUCUUAUUUUACUUAUCUAGACAGAUGCAUGUUGCGCUAAUAUUGCAUGGAGCCUGGGACUAUAAAAAAGAAUUUCCAGAUUAUAUUUCGAAGCGGCGCAGUAAUUCAAUGGGAACUAAACUCUUCUCUGGUAAUUUAGUGUUAACAACUGGGUUGAAAACGUAAAUUAGCCACCGUAAAGGGUAAAAAAGCUGACGUUUCGAGCGUUAGCCCUUCGUCUAUCGCUCUGACGAAGGGCUAACGCUCGAAACGUCAGCUUUUUUACCCUUUACGGUGGCUAAUUUACGUUUUCAACCCAGUUUUUAACACUAAAUUACCUGUUAUACUCUCCCACCGACGCAGCACCACAGUUUCUUUAGAAACUUACCCCUCUAAACUCUUCUCUGUUUGGGUGCUAAGUUUCUUUUCUACGAAUAAGUUAGUAGAAAUGAAACAAAGGAAAAAUAUCAUAACUAUUAAUAAUAAGAAGCUAAUAUUAGCUAUGAAGGCUGAGAAGAGUUCUUUUCCUCCUCUCCAUAUUUUUCCAGCGUCUUUGAACAAUAAACCAUUUAAAUCAAUGUUGACUGCAUGAAGAUAACAUUUUCGUCGUUGAAAACUGCAACUUCGAUGUAGCAUGUCAAUUCGCUUUUGUCUUAAUAGUGGAUGACUGUGAGCAAUGUGAUAUUCACGCCAUAUGUGUUCAGGGAGCUUGCAAAUGCAGAGUGGGUUUCAAAGGUGAUGGUUUUGAAUGCAAAAAGGGUAAGCAUCGCUUUACAUUUGUUUUUGAUAGUAUUAAAAUAAAGUAACACGACUUUUAGAACUUGUCUAAAUGAACUUCGUGUCCAAAUAUAGAGAACUAGCAGACUUAACCUUUACGUGUCCAAACACAUGGAUAUCUGCAGAUAUCAAAUACAGAAGCGCACAUUUGCUUCCAGAAUUUCCCAAUAAAGUUUCUUUCCUAUCGCAAAAUGAUAAACUCAAAUAUCUCGUCAUGAGGUAGAUCUUCGAAUCAAGUUUACUCGUACGUAGACUGUGGUGCAACGUCAAAAAGAUUGAUAUUUUAGGCGCUAUUCUGGUAUUAAAUCUCUGUGCAGGACUAAACAUGUAGCUGGCAUUUCCUUUUUUUUAAUUGCAUGACGAUAGGUACAUGUGUAUAUGGAAAGAAUAAGCAGAAAAUCGAAACAUUCUAAGUUAUGAGUUUGGUAAGAUAUACCCACUGACGCAUUCGAUUUUCUUGAUUAAUCCAGUUAAACGUUGCCAUCAUUGCAGCCCUAAUGCAACUUGCAUAAACAACGAGUGCGUUUGCAAGACUGGAUUCAUUGGCAACGGCCAGCAGUGCCACAGUAAGUUGAACAGCUGAACCUUAUUGAAUUUGCUUUUGAUAAUCCAGAUUUUUUAAACAAUUUACAACUGAGUGUCAAACGUAAUUCAAAAUUGCAUAGGUUUUACAUACUGGACUCUGUAAUUGGCUCACAAAACUCGCACCACUCUCUCAACCAAUCAGAUGUAAAACUCAGAUUACGUCUUAGUCGCCCGCGUUUUCUCGCUUUCUUUGGUCAGGCAUCAGAAUUCUCAACGGCUAGUUGAAUUUGCUAAUUUAAGAAUUUUUCCUAAUCAAGUUUCUCUGCAUAAUAUUUUAGAGGAUGACUGCCAAGGUUGUCCACUCCACUCUCACUGUAAACGUGGAAUCUGCAUUUGCAUACCUGGAUUUGUUUUUGACGGCCACCAUUGUGUUGGUAAGUAGUAGAUAUUUAACCCACAAUCGUGACCAAAAUUUGUUGGGACAUCUUUACAGUAAUAGAGAGCGCGCGAGCAAAAUUCAAACUUCAUACUUGGAAUCUCGUUCCAUAUCACGAGAGUUCUGGACAAUUUCUUUCCAAAUAGUGAUAUUAUUUAUAUAAUUUUAAAGUUGUACAUAAUUAUGUUCUUAGUUAAAACAGGUAGGUGCGCACGAUUGAUCAUCAUUAAUCAUUAUACGAAAAACCUCUAUGUUCAAUUUAGAGCUCGUGAAUGAACCAGCCUGUUGAAUUUGACCUUGAGUAGCUUUUUCUUCCUUAAGUAAAGAUUCUAAGACCUGAACUUCCAUUUGCAGCCUCCGUGCAUGUACCGUAGAUGAUUUCACGAGAGGACUUCUGACGUUUUCGUAUAUUCUUCCUGUUUCCAAAGCCACGUUACCAAAACCAGAACCAGCGAGCUGUCCUGCAGAAUGUAGCAAAGGCCUGACCUGUCCGGAAACGUGUCCGAGCAAAUGCUGUAAGACCUCUGAACAGCACCCAGUAUGUCCAGAUCAUUGUUAUCAUAUCUGUGGACCAGCUUGUCCAGAUCAUUGCUGCCCUCAAACUCUCGAUCACCCUUUAUCGCCAAGUCCUCUUGUUUGUCCGCCUGAGUGUCACAUAAGCUGUCAUCAGUCAUGUCCUGUUCACUGUUGCAAAAUUGUCACGCUAGCAUCAACGGCAUGUCCGAGUCAAUGUCAGACUAGCUGUGCGCCAUCAUGUCCCAGUCACUGCUGUACACCACAACAAGCCUGUCCAUCUGAAUGUCACAUAAGCUGCUCUCAGGUAUGUCCUGGCCAUUGUUGCAAAGUUGUCAAGCCAGUAGCUGCGGCAUGUCCAAGUCAAUGUCAGACCAGCUGUGCGCCAUCGUGUCCGAGCAACUGUUGUACACCACAGUAUCAACCGACGGUUGCGCCAGCACAACUCGCUUGUCAUUCGAUUUGUAAGACAACUUGUCUUCCAGCCUGCCCGAAACACUGCUGCGUAAUCAGAAUAUUUCCAGUUUCAUUUUGCCCUGAUCAGUGCCAGGAGACGUGUGAUCGGUUCUGUCCUUCAUUUUGCUGUUCACUGCCACGACUUUCCACACAGCAACCAACAUCAGCUCCUCAAAUAUGCCCCUCUACUUGCAGUGCCAGUUGUUUACCACCGUGUCCAAAAUUUUGCUGCAAGAUAUCGAUUACACCAUUGAAUAACUGUCCAAGCACUUGUAUUGAUAACUGCCUCCCAAGCUGUCCAAAACAUUGUUGCGAGGUUCCAUACCUUCCAAAUAAUUUGCCAUCGCUAUCACCGGAUGCGUGUCCGUCGCACUGUACUUAUCACUGUGACAGUUCCUGUCCGUUAAAGUGUUGUUUAGGAGCAACAGAUCAUCCACUUUACCCACCUCAACCAUCGGCACAGACUCCAAGUAGUAACGGAUCAGAUUUCCAAGGGUCCUUCCUUUCAGUAUCCCCUCCUUUGUCAAAGUGCCCAGCUUAUUGCUUGUCAUCCUGUAUCCCUGUAUGCCCUAUUUAUUGUUGUCAACGACAAAACAUAUCUCCGCUCUUGGUGAAAUCACCCGAAGAAACAGUUCCACCACUUGGAAGAUCCCUAAAGAAUAUCGACGCAGACUACAAAGCAAAAAUGGUGCAUCAUUUAUCUGAAUUGUUAGCUAGUCCUCUUCUACAGUGUCAACCUUCAUGCUUCUCAGAGUGCUCGGAUGCCUGUCCCAAAAUGUGCUGUGACAUAAGAAAGAAAAAGAAAAUGUACGUUUUCAGACGAAAAAAGAAAGCCCAUAUCAGCAAACCCUUCACGGGCAAGAAUGGGGAUAAUAAGAUUGAGAAUCGUCCGAAAGGAAAGCAAUAA